AUAUUAUUGCCUGCCACACGUUAGUAUCGCGGACGACAAUGUGAAAAAAUUAACGCCGUUUUUUCAAACAACUUCCACUAACUAACAAUAUUUCUUUAAUUAAUAAAAAAUCACAAAAAAUUAAAUCUGUAAUUCAAGGAAUAAACAAACAUUUGCAGUUCACGAAAAAAAAAACUAACCAAAAUAAUUUUGGAUAAUUUUUUUUUAUAAAAAAUAAAACAAACAGUUGCCGAAAAUCCCCAUGAAAAUCCUUUGGAAUUAAAAACAAAAAUUUGGAAAAAAAAUAAACCAAGUCCGCGUAUACUUAAAAGAAUAUAAAUAAAGAAAAACAAAUUGGAAAAAUACAAAAUUUUGAAAACCAAAAAAAUCUUGUGUGGAAAAUCUUGAAAAACAAAAGGAAAAAAUCUUAACUCUUGACAAAAAUCAACAUCAUUAAGUGCGGGUUCUCAAAUUUGAAUGGCUUUUGAAAUUUGAUAUUCUUCGGCCAAUAAUCCUAUGAUUGAAAAAUAAAUAAAUUAAAAAAUGCAUCGCCAUGUUAGGGAAUGCAAAAAAAUCAUUUUCGAACAUUUUAAACCACAAAAAAGUGAAAUAAACACCACCUGAAAUUUGGAGAACAUAUAUACUCGUACAUCUAUAAAAUCGCCCAAAAAAAAGCUAAAUUGGAUUAAUCUUGUGUUGAAAUAAAAAAAUCGAUUAAAAUAUUCAGCAACAACAACAAUAUAUUUUAGUGUUCAUUGUGUCUAAACCACAAACUUUGAAAAAACAAAAACAACCAAAAACUCUACAAAUUCAAGUGCUGUGUUCUUUUAUACAAUCUAGAAACGAAAAAAACAACAAAAAAGAAAAAUCAAAUCCAGACUUCAACAAUCAACCAAUUGGGAUUAUCUAACAACAAUAACAGCAACAACAACUUGAUAUCUUCCAAAUACUUCAAAUUGUGCCGAAAAACCCCCCUCUCUUCAACAACCAACAACACGACGACGACACCACACCACUCUCGGGUUUUGGUGUUACUUGUUUUUCAUUUAUUUUUUUGUUUUGUAAUUUCGUUUUAUUAAAAUAAUUGUAAUUUUAUUUAACUAUAAAAUAUAAUACCAACGAGGCCUUUUCACACCCCAAAAAAAAAACUUUAAUCUUACACACACACACACAGAGGAGAGAUCGCGUCGAACAUCCAAAACCCGAUACCAAUCGUCAUUGCGCUAAUUGGAUUUCAACUUAAUUCUAUUUUAAUUUUUGGAGAAGCCGAUAUAACCCAGCUCUUCGACAACUGGAAAACAUCAACACUUUAACUUCGAACUCUACAACAGCUACAACAACUUUGAAAAUGGCGGAAGGCAAUGGCGAACUGGUAGAAGAUAUUAAUCAAAAAUCAGAAGAUCGUGGUGAUGGUGAAAGAACACAGGAUUACCCAAAACUGUUGGAAUAUGGCUUAGAUAAAAAAGUUGCCGGUAAACUUGAUGAUAUUUAUAAAACAGGUAAACUCGCCCAUGUAGAAUUAGAUGAACGCGCACUGGAUGCGCUCAAAGAGUUUCCGGUUGAUGGUGCCUUGAAUGUAUUAAGUCAGUUCCUUGAAUCAAAUUUGGAACAUGUAUCGAAUAAAUCUGCCUAUUUAUGUGGGGUUAUGAAAACCUAUCGACAAAAAAGUCGAGCCAGUCAACAGGGUGUACCGACACCAGCCACAACAGUGCAAGUUAAAGGACCAGAUGAGGAAAAAAUCAAAAAAAUCUUAGAACGUACCGGUUAUACUUUAGAUGUAACCACGGGCCAGCGCAAAUAUGGUGGACCACCACCCAAUUGGGAUGGUCCAGUACCAGGUAACGGUUGCGAGGUAUUUUGUGGGAAAAUACCAAAAGAUAUGUUUGAAGAUGAACUCAUACCCCUGUUCGAAAACUGUGGCACCAUCUGGGAUCUACGAUUAAUGAUGGACCCCAUGACCGGUACAAAUCGUGGCUAUGCAUUUGUAACAUUCACCACAAGAGAAGCUGCAUCGAAUGCCGUUAAACAGCUCGAUAAUCAUGAAAUAAAACCCGGCAAGUGUCUGAAAAUUAAUAUAAGUGUGCCCAACCUGCGCCUGUUUGUAGGCAAUAUACCCAAAUCAAAAGGCAAAGAGGAGAUUUUAGAGGAAUUUGGUAAAUUAACAGCCGGCCUUAUUGAAGUUAUAAUCUAUAGUUCACCAGAUGAUAAGAAGAAGAAUCGUGGUUUCUGUUUCCUUGAAUAUGAAUCACACAAAGCCGCUUCAUUAGCCAAACGGCGACUUGGCACUGGUAGAACUAAGGUUUGGGGAUGUGAUAUUAUUGUCGAUUGGGCAGAUCCACAGGAGGAGCCGGAUGAACAAACAAUGUCCAAAGUUAAAGUCUUGUACGUUAGAAACUUAACACAGGAUGUUACAGAAGAUAAAUUAAAGGAACAAUUUGAGCAAUAUGGCAAAGUUGAACGUGUUAAGAAAAUUAAAGACUAUGCUUUUGUGCAUUUUGAGGAUCGUGAUAGCGCUGUUGUGGCAAUGAGAGCAUUGAAUGGCAAAGAAGUUGGUGCUUCUAAUAUGGAGGUAUCUUUGGCAAAACCACCAUCGGAUAAAAAGAAAAAGGAGGAAAUAUUGCGUGCACGUGAACGCCGUAUGAUGCAAAUGAUGCAAGGACGUCCCGGUCUUGUAGGCUUUGAAACAUUGUCUCCAUACAGAAAUCUAUCACCAACACAUCCUGGCAUGAUACCCAUAGCUACGCCUAUGCGUUUACCCGGUGCUCCAAGGAUUCCGUUACGCACUUCAAUGCCCAGGGACUAUGAUUAUGAAUAUGACUUUUAUGGUUAUUCGGAUUAUCGCGGUGCCUAUCCAGAUUCUUAUUAUGAAGAUUUCUAUCGUACCUAUGAUGGAGAAUAUUUCUUUGAUUAUCCACCGGGCAGCGUGGCGCCAUUGCCACCCGGUGCCAUUGGUGGUGGGGGUCCUGUUGCCGGCGCCGCCGGUGGUUUGCCGAGAACAGCACGUACAAAUGUGGGGGUUGGCCGUGGGCGUGGAAUCACGGCGCGUGGCCGAACCGUUGGGCUCCGUGGCAACAUCAAUCGUCAGGGGGCCCCUCAAGCGGCGGUGGUGGCGGCGGCGGUGGCAGCUCAACGGGGGGCCACCGCUCAGGGGGCUCAGGCAGCAAUCGGGGGGGUCCGUGGGGUGGGACAAAUACGUCCCAGCGCUCGUGGCACUCAGCACGCCAAACCGCUACCAAAUUUACCAGCACCAGUCGGUAAACGUAAAUUUGAUGGAGGUCACCAAAAUCCAGCAGACAUUAAGCGACGUUACCCAGGCGGUUUAAUAGGAAAUGGCGGCAGUUGGGGCAGUUUACCACUACCACAACAACCAUUAGGCACUAAUGGCGAACAAUGGUAUACGGAUACGUUUUCUGCAUGGAGUUAAAAAAAUAAAAAUAUUCAAAAAAUCAAUAAAUUAAUAACAAAACUCACACAAAAUUUUAUUUAAAAAAAAAAAAACAAAACAACAACAAAAUUUAUAACCCUCUUGAAAUUAUAUAUAUAAAUAUAUAUAAAAAUUAAUAUUAUUAUAAAAUUUCAUAAUAAUGGCUACAACAAUAAGAAGAAAACUUCACACAAUAAUUAUUAUAUUUUGUUUCUAGAAAACAACAACAACACAAGCAAUACGAUAGGCAACAAAACCAACAUGCAAAAACAAAUAUAUAACAACAUAACAGUACAUUUUUCUAUCAUUAAGCAAACGCAAAAAGUUGACAAAACAAAAAUUAGUAGGAAUUUGCAACACAAGAAAAUGGGAAAAUAUAAACACAGGCGUCCUCCUUUUAAAAAAGAUGGCAAAAGCAAACAUAUUUAAUUACAACAACAUAAUACAUUUUUAUUAUAAUCUCAAAUAAUAAUAAAAAAAUAACAAUAAAGUAGAAACCACAAAAAAUCAGCUUAAUUUUUAAUCCCAGAAAACUGUAUAAGAAACAAUUUUAAGCACUUUUUUAUAUUAAAGAAAUUAAAAAAAAAAAACAUUUUACACAAUUAAAGAAUGAAAAAAACAUUGUUUUUUAAACACACGUCUUAUCUUAUGAGUUGCAAAAGAGUAUAUUUUAUUACUUUGAAUUAUUUUGGUCUCAAUUGUUUUAAUUAACCUUUCCAUGAAAAAAAAAAAACUAACGAAAGAGAAAAUCAAUUUCAAAAAAAAAAAAAAAAAAUUCUAAGCAAAGCUUAACCAAAAAAAAAACCAACAAGACACACAAAAAGUAAAACAAAAUUUAUUUAUAUUUAAGACACAGCAAAAACACACACAAAUUAUUGACUGAAUUCAAAGAAAUUGAAUUAAAAAAACAACAAGGAAAAUUUUUUCAAUCAUAGGCAUUGAUCAUAAUUACAUUUUUAUAAACCCAAAAAAGAUGACAAGAAAAACAUAAAAUUUAACAAAAAAUAUUGAUAAGAAAGUUAAAAACAACUACAAAAUACCAAACUGAAGCUGUCAGAUAAAAAAUAAGCAAACAGUGGACUUUGUGUAAGGAAUUUGAGGGAAUGUUGACUUAACACAGAAAAAAUAACAAUAACGAAAGACAAAGAAAAUAUAAAGAAUAUUAACGUUUUAAUUAGUAUACAAUUAAGCAUUGCAAUAACAACAGCAAUGUAAAAAACAACAACAACACAAUUUGAUUGUAAAAUACUGGAUUACUGUUUCAAUUAUUUUUAUAUUUCCCCCAUUUCCCCGUUUUCUUUCAUUUUGUAAAACUACAGUAGAAAAUAAAACACCGUCCAGCCUCCCCCAACAACUAUCUUGAGAAAAAUGUUUCUCUAUUGUUUCCAAAAUAAACUCAAAAUCACUUGGCCUGGAUAUUUUUCAUGGUUGUCCUUAACAUUUAUAUCUGUCAGAAUUUUUAUUGAACUUUUGGUCCCAUCUAUCAUUGAAAUGUGCCUUAGAUUAAAUAUAAUUAUACGAAACAAAUGUUUAAUGAAUUUUCCAAUAUUGUAUCUAUUUUUUUUUUUUUUUUUUUGAAAUAACAUAUAAAAACACAAAUUUAAUUGAACUAAAAAAUUACGCUUUCCUAAAAGGCAUACAACAUUUAUUGCGCCUAAAACAAUGCAACACAUUUUUCACAUAAAGCAUGAAAUUGGUUGACUCAAAGUUAAAGAAUUAUAAUUAACUACUUUUUUAUAAUAAACUAGUUUUUAUACCCUACACCACAAAGUGGUCAGCGUAUUAUGUCUUUGUGCAUUUGUUUGUAACAGGCAAAAGAAAACGCGAUAGACCCAAAGUUCCUUUUGAUGAUAUGCAUAGAAUCUCAUUCUGAGACGAUUUAUGCAUGUCCGUCCGUCUGUCCAUGUAUUUUUGUAAACAAAGUACAUGUCGCAUUUAUUGCCCGAUCAAGAUGAAAUUUGCACAAGUCUUUUGUUUUGACCCAAGGGCGAACCCUAUUGAAAUUCCCAUAUAUAUCUUCGUCCGAUUUUUUAUUGCGCACCAAACGUGUAAUGUCAGGCCAAAUAGUAUGGAAUUUUGCACAUACUACCAAAUUAGGCCUGAAAAUAGUAUGCCAAAUUAUAUAAUAUAUCAAAUACAACUCAGAAAUUCCUUUGCUAAAUUUUAUCGAAAUCGGUUCAGAUAUGGAUAUAGCUUCCAUAUAUAUACAUAUAUUUUAUCCGAUUUGUUGAAUUUUUCCUUCACAGUGACAAUAUGCACUUCGUAGUAAUGAUAUUCGGGGAUAUAUAUUUUACAUUUUCCAAAUUUUAUCGAGAUCGGUUCAGAUUUGGAUAUAGCAUCCAUAUAUAUAUUUAUCCGAUUUCAAGUUAAUUGUGCACCAAAUGGGUAAUACAAGCCCGAAUUGAAAAGGCGCAAAUGCCUCGGCAAAUUUAGUAGAAAUCAAUUCAGAGGAGGAUAUUGCUCUCAUAUAUUAGUUCCUUUGGACUUUAAAUUAUAACAAUAAUCAUAGUUGGUAUGAUCUUAUUCUCACAAACUCCCCAUAAAAACGUGUUAUGUAAAGCUCUUCUAAAUAUGUAAAGUUGUGUAGGGUAUCAUAAAGUCGGCUCCGCCCGACUUUAAGACUUUCUUCACUGGUUUAUUAUUAAUAUUAUGCCUCAAAAUAUAUAAAAUAAGGGAGAAUUUGUAAAUGUUUUUCUAGAUAAGAAUUAAAAGAUAAAAAUUCAUUGUAUUUUGGUAAUGUCCAUAAAAAGAUAAUUUUUUUUUUUUAAUUGGGAAUUUUGAAACUGUUAACUUUUAUAUAAUUGAUUAGAAUCUAAGGCACACUAUUGAUUGUUUAUUUUUUCUUACUUUGUUUUUUACCAAAUUUGUUUUCUCUCAAAAAAAUAUAUAUAAAAUAAUUUCCGUUUUGUUCAAAAAACAUUGUGUGAAGCAUAGAAACCGUAAAUAAUAAAAAUCUAAAAUUAAAUUUUGAUAUAUAUAAAAUAACUAAGCCGUACUCAUUUGCAACGAAUUAAAAUACACAUCACAAUAAGUAAUCAGUUAAAAAUACAAACAAAUCAUAAAUAAUAAAAAAAAAUAUUUUCUUUUUUAACAAAAUAAACACGCAAAAUUUAUAAUUACAAAAUAAACAAAAUACAUACACAUUAAAAUAAUUAUUGUCAGAUAAACAAAUUAAAGAGAAAAACAAAUUUUCCAAUUAAUCUAUAGCCUUAAUUAAAAAUUAAAUUUAACACACAGACAUAUAUUUUAAAAAUAUAUAUAAUUUUAAGAUUUUAUCCAAAAUUAUAAAAUGACGUAAAAAGCAUUAAUUUCAAAACUACAGAAAUUGAAACACAAAAAACAACAUGAAAUCUAUAAAGCUCAAUUUGAUAAUAUUAAAAAAAAACAAUUCUUAUCAUCUAUCUCUCUACAACUAUAAUAUGAAUUGAGGAUUGGUAAAACAUUAGAUAUAUACACAUUAAAAUAAAUAAAAACAAAACUUUUUUAACUCCUUAAACAAAACGUAUCCUAUUUAAUCAUACAACAACAAAUAUAAAAUAAAGCAAAAAAUAACAAUUGCAUAUUAUAUAGAAACAAUAAAUACCAUUGUUUUAAGCCAUUUAAAUAGAAAUUUACCAUAGAAUCACAUAUAAAUUGAAAGUAAAGAAAUAUAAAAUUGAUUACAGAAACAAACACACAGUUACAUACACAUAACCAACCAACCAUACCGACAAAAAAAAAAAUCACACACAAAUAAAUACACAAUAAUUUUAAGAUUAAGAAUUUUUAACAACAGAACGAAAUUAACAAAAACAUGAAUUCAGUUUAAUUUUCUUUUUUUUUUAAUUAAGAAAACUUCAAGAAAAAUUCUGUAUUACAAAUAUUAUAAUAUAUACAACAUAUAUGGAAACUUAACAGUGAGAAUAAAAUGCCUAGAAAACCACAACCAACAAAAAUUAUUAAAGCGUUUAUAUAACAAAAUUAAAAAGAAAACAAAACAUAUAAAAUAAUAUUUACCAUUUUAAAAACACCAUGCUUUAAUUUUUUUGUUCAACAAAAAAAAUCAAAAUUAAUUCAAAACUCUUAACAAAUCUUAGUAUUUUUUUUCAAACUCUUCCCUCUAUAUCUUUAAGAAGAAAAGUUAGGGCAAAAAUAAAAGUAUAUGUUUUGACAAAUUCAAAGCAAAUAUAAAAAAAAUUAAUAAUAUUUUUAUAAGAAGUAACAAAAAACAAACAGAAUUAAAUUUAUACUCCUCUCCCCAAUUUAUAUACAAUUAAAUAAAUAGAUUUAUAUAUAAAGAAAAAAAAAUAAUAUAAUAUAAAACUCGUACUAAUCCCCCUAGUAAAAGAAAAAAACACAUUUUAAUAAAAGUUGUAAUAACACUUAAAAAGGCAAACAAUAUUGAACCCCCUUUUAUAAAUCUAAAGUAAGAAAUUGAAGUAAACUGUCAUAACUUCUGUUAAGCUCCUUCCUACUGGUUUGUUUUCCCUCUAAAAUUAUUAUUUUUAUUUUGUUUUUGUCAAAAGGCAACUUCAUCAGACCAACAACAAUAUUGUUUUUUAUAAAUUUUACUAAAAAAUUUGUAUAAAUUAUUUAAAUUAUAUUUUGAAUUGUUUAGAAAUUUACACUUUACCUGUUUUGUUUCCUUGUUACCCUUUUCGUUUGUAAAAAUUUUUGUUCUUUUUCUCUUUUGUUGGAGUUUGUUUUCUUAAAAGAGUUCUUUUCUAUAACGUUGCGAUUAUGGAAAAUAUCUAACGAACGGAUAAGGAAAAGGAAAAAAAGGUUUACUAAAACGAAAAAUUUAAUAAGAAAAAUCAAUUGACAAUAAGUUAAAGAAAACCUAGAAUAGAAAAUCUAAUGUUAUCUUUCAAAAUACUUUAAAAGCAGUGAAAAACUUUAUUGGCCUGUUUCACUAAGGUGAAUGAAAUACUCUUUUGCUUCCAAUUUUCUAAAAAGGUUAUUCGAAUCAAAAUUUGGAGGGUAACGUCAAUAUUUUGCUUCACUAGCUUGGAUUAUUCGACUUCAAGUAUGGAAGGUAAUUGACUUUUUCAUUAAAUGUAAAACUAUUGUUAAUUGGUCAUUGAACAAAGGAUUUUAAUUGAACUUUUAAAGAUGUUGUUGAUUGAUUUAUUUGAAUUAAAAAAUCUUUUAAUUUAUUUCGUUUUCCUUGUCCGCCAAAGUAAAGUUUUUUUGGUGACUUUACAACCCCAUAAAAAUAAUUGCAUAUAUUUUUAUUUAAUUAUUAUUUUUAUUAUUCAUUAUAAAAUUGUACUGAUCUUUUAUUUUUUUGUAUUUAACAAAACAAUUGGUUUUAAGUUUUUUAUUGUUACUUUUAUUACUAUUCUAAGUUUUUUUGUAAUUGUUUUUGUAAUUUAAGUUUGCGCAGUCAAAAAUAUUGGAAAAAAGAAAAAUUCGUUGUAAAAAAUUAUAAUAUUCUGUAAGGAUUUAAGACCAAUAUUUUUUUAAUGUUUAAAUUUACAUUUUAUUAAUAUAUAUUUUUGUUUGUAUAAUCAUUAGUAAUUGUAACCCUUAUUUGUUUAGCGAGAAAAAAAGAAUAAUUAUUUUGUUUGGGAAAAGAAAACGUUUGGCAAAUUUUUAAGAUUUAAGUAAAAAAAUUCAUGUCUCUUGAAUAUAUUAAUAUUUUAUAUAUACAUGAAUAUAAAAAAAAUAUAUAUUUUUUGUUUUUCUGUUUAAGUUUAAAUUUAGCAAAAUAUUUAACAACUUAUAUACAUUGUAAACAUUAAAAAAUAUAAAUUGUAAAUUAAACAAAAUUAAGUAAAAAUUGACAAAACGAAUCUAAAAACUAAAUGAAGUUGCAAAAAGCGUAAUAUUGAAAAAUAUAAUUGUUUUUUUUUUAAGUUUUAGUUAUUUUGUAAAGUUUUCUUUUUUCAUAUUUUUUUAAUAAUUAAAAUUAAUAUUAAAUUUAAAAAAUAAAAAUAUUGUAAGGUGAAAAAAUGCAAUCAGGCAAAUGACACAUGGACUGGACAUUUCAAAAAUCCUCAAAUGUUUUGAAAGCGCUAUCUUUAACUAGAUUCUACAUUCAAAACUGCUUGAUGAUAUUCACAUUCUAAAAUAUUUUCUUAUAACUUUUGAAAUCUUUUUAAUAUUUAAACCUAAAUUUACUUAAUUCCAUUGAAAUUCUCCACUCAGGAUUUAUCUACUUUUUAAAGAACUUCCUGAUAAUUCUUAUGGUUCAAUUUUCGGCAUUUUCAACAAGUUCACGGUUCGAUUGUUUAAAUCAAUUAAAUUAUAUUAUAUUUUUGCCACCUCCAUUUAUAAUGCAAAGCUUAAAGUACCGAAAUCUUAAAAUUCCAAUUUGGCUUCUUGAGCUGUCCCUCAUCAGCUCCUGUGGCAUUUGUGUUAAGGUAUGAACACAUCGUCAUAAACCAUUUCCCCGUCACCUUACAAUGUAUAUUUUUUAUAUAUAUAUUUUAUUUUCUUCUAAACAAAUUGUGAUUAAUAUUAUUUUAUAUAUGUAUACCAUCAUUUAAACAAAAUAUUUAAAAAAUAUAUCUUUAAAAUUGAAUACAAACAAAUAAUUAAAAAUUAUAUAUUGUGUAGACUCAUCAUCUAUUAGACUGCGUACGUAUAACAUAAAAAUCAACAACAAAAAUUGUAUAAUUAUUAAAAAAAAAUAAUUAAUUUAACUAAAUUAAUAUAAAAGAGUAAUUCUAUUGUAAAUGUAUCAUAUUAUAAAUUGGCAAAAUAAAGAAAAAAACAAUUGAAAUAUACACAAAAUAAAUUUGAGAAAAAAAAUAAACAAAGCAUCAACUAUUUUGGCUUUUUUUCUAAAUUGUUAUAUUUUUGGUUUUUUGUUUUCUAACAAAAUUCAAAAUUUUAUUGUUUUUCAAUAAUAUUGAAAAUUUAUCUUUUUGAAUAUUUUCCAGGUUGAAAUUUGGCCUUAAGAUCACAACAAAUCCAAAAACAAAAAAUCUCAUGUUUGGCUUCAAAUAUAAAACAAAACAAAAAAAUCAUAAACAAUAAAUCAAAAUCAAAACAAAAAGAAUGGCGUAUAUUUCAAAACAAAAUUCUUUCAUCUUCCUAACCCCAACAAACCAAACCCCCCAAUGUCAUGCAUCAUCAACAAGGUUCAACAAAAAAGAUAGUGUUUAGCAAAAAUCCAAACAAAGAGAAAAAGGACAAUAUUUUUUUUUUACUUUUGAAUUUUUCUAAUCAUGGAAAACACAAAGCAAGAGAACUUUUUCCAUAAUUUAUAGAAAUUGCCUUUUGUUUCAACUUCUUUAACAAAAAGAUAUAUAUAAUUUUAAGAAUAUUAAAUUUAAUUGACUUUUUUCUGUGUGUACUUUGUUUAAUUAUGUUUAAUUAAAAUCUAGGUUAUAAUUCUUUUUUAUAAUUAUUGUGUUUCUUUUUUUAAAAAAUACAAUAAUUUUAGUUACAUUUGUGUUAAUUUGUCAUGUCUCUAAGAUUAACCACUGAACUCUGCUCUGAUCAUAGAACAUGGAUAUCUGAGUAUGUAAACUCAAAAGAAAAUGAAGGUAAUAUAUUUAUUUAAUUGGGGAAUUUUUUUUUUAAAGAAAAGAGAAGGUAUUCGACUGUUUCUUUGUUAUUUCAUUUAAGGAAGUUUUUUUCCUUUAUUUUUUUAGAUAAAAUGUUUAGUUUAUUCAGACUAAAAUUCUAAAUCGGUUUAACGAUGUCCGUCUGUCUGUCUGUCUGUCUGUCUGUCGAAAUCACGAUACAACCCACGUUAUUUGACGUAGAGCGUCAAAAUUUAGCAGAACGAUUUCUAUUGUGUCUAGGACGGUUGGUAUUGAAAAUGAGAUAUAUGGGUCCACGUUCUGGUAUAGUCUCCAUAUAACGGUACCUCCCGAUAUUCGGUAUUUUGAUGAUUUUUGACACAUUUUUCACGGAUUUUUCUAAAAAUUGGUAUUUGUUAGUCAUAAUGGGUUCUAGCUCCGGUGGCGAAACAUUGUAUGUAUAGGUCCACGUUUUGGUAUAGCACCCAUAUAACGGUACCUCCCGAUAUUCGGUAUUUUGGUGAUUUUUGCCACAUUUUCCCAAGAAUAUGUCUGAAAAUUGGUAUUUGUGGGUCAAAUGUUUCCUUUACCCUAAGGUGUGGAGGUUAUUAAAAGUUCGGUCGGCCGAACUUAAUGUUUUUUUACUUGUUUUUUACAGUUUUACCUGAUUACUCAGGACAGAAAAUAUCUAUACAUUUAAAAAAAAAGAAUAAUUAAAAAUUCCCCAUAAAAAUGUGCCUUGAAAACGAGCAGGGAAAUUUCUUUAAAUAAAACGAUUCCUUUUAAGAAAUAAUUUUAGAUUAGAAGGAGAAAUUAUUCAAAAUCGCUCGGAAUUGUUUAAAAUAUUUUAUUGAAAUCUUUUGGGGUAGUGAAUCAUUCAACACAUUGUUGUUUGAACAGAGUUUGUGGUUAUUCUUAGUAAUGAAAAACAUGAUAAAUUUUAAAGAAUCACACUAUAUAUGAAUAAUUAAUUUACAAUAGUUCGAUUUUAUAAUACUAUAUACUUACUUUUGUUUUUUUAUUGUUUUUUUUUUUAUUUUUCAUCAACGCUUUUUUAUAUAAUUUUAAUAUUUUUAGUAUAAAAAAACUGGAAAAAAUGAAAUACCUUUUGUAAACCGUAAGCAAUUUUAUUGUCGACAAAAUGCUUUCACAUUGCAAUAGUAAGAGACAAGAAAAAUAUUCCGAUAGAAAGAAAUGUGUUAAAAAUUUAUUAAAACGAAGAAGAUGAAGAAGCAUACUAUUAUUUGCAUGUAAUGUGUGGAUGAAAAUAAAAAACAGAUAAUUAAUAAUAAGAUUUAAAACAAUAUACAGAUUUAACAAACAAAAUAAACCGCUUAAAGUAACGUCGCUCUUUUCCAAACAACCAUCAAACACCAACAACAACCAACAAAUAGCAACAACAAACGUCAGUCAACAACAACAACAACAUUAAACCACCACCAUCAAUUCAAUUUUUUUUAUUGGAAUAAUUUGUUUUCAAAAAAUGAAGUAAAUCAACAACACAAACUCAAAUAACAACUGAAAAUAGCCAACAAACAAACUCAACAGCAACAAAAACAACACCUGCAACAUGUAGAACGAAUUACAUUGAUUUAACUAUUUUUUGUUUUAUACCAUAUUGUACUUUUAUUUUUUUGAAACUGAAACACAUUUUUUUGUAGAAAAUCUUAAGAAAGAAAAUUAUUGCAAAACAUAUUCAG